AUGCGCUUUCUUUCCAUCAUCGCGGCCCUUUCGGCUUUGGCGACUGCUUCGCCAGUCCUUCACGCUGAGCGCGCGGACACUCCUGAUCCCAACCAAGUCUAUGUCGAAAAAGUAUCUUGGGUUGGCACUGGCUGCCCACCAGGCUCCGCCUCCGCCGAACUUGCCGAAAGUGCAACGGUCGUCUCUCUCGGUUUCUCCAAGUACGUGGCCGGUACUGGAACUGGCAUGGCAGCUUCCGAUGCUCGCAAGAAUUGCGACGUUCGCAUCACCCUGCACUUUCCGCAAGGUUGGUCUUGGACCGUUGCUACGACGGACUUUAGAGGUUAUGCGUCGCUCCCGUCCGGAUGCUCCGCUAAAAUGGGAGCGACUUAUUUCUUCUCGGGCCAGUCGAAUGAUGCUUCAUCGAUGCUCACCUUCAAAGGCCCCGUGGACAACAACUACCGGAUGACAACAUCAGUUCCGACGGAAUCUCUCGUUUGGGCAACCUGCGGUGUCACCGGGCCUCUCUUCAACGUCAACUCGCAAGUUGUGGUGACUUGCUCUAAGGAUUCGUAUGUAGGCGUGGAUACUCAAGACACGAAAUUCUCAAUGCUGCUCCAUCUCCAAUGGAAGAAGUGUUAG